AUGGCUGCAGUCUCUGCAUUCCGCGUCGCCGCGUCCUUGCGGCCACCAUCGACAGCUGCCGCGCCGUCUACUUUAUCGUCCGCCAAGUCCGCAUCGUUCGGCUGCGCGUCGUCGCUCUGCCCAUGCACUCCCGUAUCAGCUUCCCGCGCCGCCAAGGGAAGGCAGGCCGUCGUGACUCCGCGUGCUGACCUGGACAGCGACACGCUCGUGGGGAUCGGCGUGGGGCUGGCGGGUAUCGCGGUGGGCAUCGGCAUUCCCGUUUUCUACGAAAUUGCCGUCAAGGGAUCGGAGAAGCGGGAGAACGACCAACCAUGCUUCCCUUGCAAAGGCACCGGCGCUCAGUCGUGCCGGUUCUGUCAGGGCACGGGGGUGGUGGUGGUGGAGCUGGGCGGCGGUGAGAGGGAGGAGUCGGAGUGCAUCAACUGCCAGGGCAAGGGCGCCAUCACCUGCACCACCUGCCAGGGCACCGGCGUGCAGCCCAGAUACCUCGACCGCAGGGAGUUCAAGGAUGAUGACUAA